GAAGUGGUGGCCAGCGAGUGUCCGAGUGAGUCUCAACACACAGUCACCACCAGACGAUAAGGAACCUUCAUAAGAAGCAACCUUGACCAUUUCCCGGUUGUGAUGUCACGGGCCAGAAUCUCACAGAGGUCAGUCGCCAUCUCUGGAGCGUGGCAGGCCGGCCAGUACUGGUCAGCACAAAGCAGGUUCUUCAUGCUGAGUGCCAAGGAUACAUCCUGAAUGCAGCUCAUAUGAUGAAUCACUACCAAGAGGCGUUUACAGUGAUGGUGUAAGACAGGCUGUGCUGUGAAAUCAACUCUUGAGGAAGAUGAGGAUAAAAUUUAAUUUGUUUCGUUGUAAGAAUUACAUUCUUCAAGUACCAGAGUUGCGGUAUGAGUGUACCCCUGAGUUAGUUGGAGGUUUGCAUUGUAAUGAAUGAGACGGUGCCUCAAGCCAGAGACAAUGGAAAGGUGUUGGACAAGAAACUGGACUUUCAAAGUGAGAUUGAAAGGACACCGGCUCAUUUGGGAGUGCUGGAGAUUUGGACUCCUAUUUGCAAUGUGUUUUGUAGUUGAAACUGCCCAUGGAAAUCUUCCACCAAGAUUUCUGAUAGAUGGACAGACAGAAAUUGUGUUGAGGCUGAAAGAAGGUGCAGCAACACCAGUAGGUAGCCGUAUUUAUCACCUUCAUGGUUUUGAUCCAGAUGAUGACCCACUGAGAUUUGGUAUUCGAGAUCAAGUGGGCAGUGAGAUUUUCCAAAUUGAGAAUGUUGGGAAGAAUGAGGCUGAUAUAUUCUUAAAGAAAGAACUGGAUCGUGAGGUAAAGGAUGAAUACUCCCUGGUGCUAACCCUUACUGAUGGCCACUUGGGUGAAGGGAACUUUAUCACUCAAAGUCUAUUGCUUCUUGUUGAAGAUGUUAAUGACAACGAACCUAUAUUUAAACCUUAUCAGCCAACAAUUAGCAUUCGAGAAGACAGUGCACCCUAUAUUCUCACUACUGUUGAGGCAACAGAUCAAGAUGAGGGGCCAUAUGGGCAGGUGGUGUAUUCCCUACAAGAACUGGAUGGUGAUGAUAACAUGUUCUCCAUCACUACAGUGAAUGGGAAGGGAAUAAUAAGGCUAAUUGGCCAGCUGGAUUAUGAACAUAAAUUUUUAUAUCAGCUAAGAGUAAUGGCAGUUGAUCGAUCUAACAAUGAAAGGGUGAAUACUGCUACUGCAGCCAUACUAGUGAAGGUUUUGGAUGUGGAGGACCAGCCACCAGAGUUUGUGGUUGCUACUCCGGUAACCAGAAUCAGUGAGGAUGCUCAGAUUGGUACACCAGUACUACAAGUGAAAGCAGUUGAUGGUGAUCGAGGUAUCAACAACCAUAUUACUUACAGCAUUACACAAGGAUCUCAGGGGUGCUUUGAUAUAGAUGCUAACUCUGGAGUUGUCUAUACACUUAAGAGACUGGACAGAGAAAGUUCUCAUAACAGCAAUGGUGCUUACAUCCUUGAAAUUAUGGCUAGAGAAGAAUCCAAAGUUGUAUUUCCACCUCCAGCAGUUAAGACAGAAGUGACAGUCAUCAUAACAGAUGUUAAUGAUGAAAUCCCAAUGUUUCGCAGUAAAUCGUAUCUUGCUGAGGUAAACGAAAAUGCUCAGGCCAGCACACCAGUCACAUUUCUUAACAAUGCAGUACCUGAAGUGUUUGACCAUGAUCAGGGAAAGAAUGGAACCUUCAUCAUGUUCAUUGAAGGAGAUCGGGGUAUUUUUGAGGUGACCCCGCCAAAGGGAAUUAAUGAAGCAUCUUUUCUCAUUAGAGUCAAGGACCCAACUAGACUGGAUUUUGAGAAAGUUACAGUGAUGAACUUCACACUGAUUGCCAAAGAAACAGUUCCACUCAAAGCCAAGUACAGUUUGGCUCCUGUAACAGUGUAUAUUAGAGACAUGAACGACAACUUUCCUGACUUCACACAACCUUUUUAUGAGGUAUCUGUCAAAGAAAACUCUGGUGUAGGUACAACAGUGGCCUGGGUACAGGCAUUAGAUGAAGAUUCUGGAAAUUAUGGAUCCCAAGGAAUUCGUUAUACUGGCCUUAGUGGGGGUGUGUCUGAUUUAUUGUCUUUGGAUCCAUAUACAGGGAUAAUCACAAUAAAGUCAGGUGACUCAGGAUUUGAUCGGGAGCUUGUAUCCAGACAUUAUUUAACUGUUGAAGCUCGGGAUGAUCUGGGUUAUGGAAACAGAAAUACAGUACAGUUAGUGGUAAACAUUGAAGAUGUGAAUGACAAUGCUCCAAUAUUUUUACAAAGCAAAUAUGAAGCAAGACUGUGGGAAAAUCACAUGGAGUUUGAGUCACCACUUUACAUUGAAGCUGUUGAUCUUGACCUGAAUGGUACAAAUAAUAGUCAAAUACAAUACAGCAUUGUGCGUGGGGACCCAUACAACAACUUCACCAUUGACCCUCUUCAGGGCCUACUGAAGCCUGCAACACAUGUGGACUUUGAGCAGCUGGUAUCUGCUGGUAAUGUGAUGGGCCGUGGUGUGAAUGUCCGCCCUAUUACCCUCAUAGUACAGGCCCAGGACAUGGGCUCACCUAGUCUCUCAUCUGAAGUUCUGGUAACAGUGUAUGUUCAGGAUGUAAAUGAUCAUGCUCCUCAGUUUGAGCAAGAUCAGUACACAAAAUCAGUUCCCGAGGAUAUGCAAGGUGGAAGCUCAAUUCUUCAGUUGAAAGCAUGGGACAGUGACGGUUCAUCACCCAACAAUGCAGUGGUCUAUCGCAUACAACAAGGAGCCGAAGACAAGUUUGUAAUAGAUGCAGACACUGGCAUUAUCAGCAUGGCUCAUGGUGCAAGCUUGGAUCCAGACCGCACCAAUCCCAAGACAACUCAUUACUCACUUCGAGUUGUGGCUUUAGAUGGGGGUAUUGGAUCAGAACAACGUGCCGCAGCUGCUGAUGUUAACAUCUCCAUUGUGGAUGUCAAUAACAAGUCUCCCAUCUUGAUGGAUCCUGGCAGCAUUCAUGUCAAAGAAAAUACUCAGGUGGGUCAGAUUGUACACCAUGUGACUGCCAUGGACCCUGAUGAUAAGCCUGUAUUACGCUAUCAUAUUGAUGCUGAUAGCUCAGAGGCACGGAGUGAAGAGGGAACAAUAAUCAAGAGUUCUGAAUAUGACUAUGUCAGUCUAUUUGACCUGAAUGCAUUAGAUGGAGAACUCCGAGUUGUUAAAUUGUUAGAUCGAGAGAGGGUGGAAACAAUUCGCUUGGGAAUCAGAGUUGAAGAUUUGGCAGCAAGCAAGGAGAAGCAGACUUCUUCAGCAAUUCUGACUAUCAUUGUUGAGGAUGAGAAUGAUAAUAAUCCAAAAUUUCGGCGUCCAUUUUAUCGUCGGUCAAUUACUGAAAAUAGCAAAAAUGGUGUUACCAUUGUUAAUGUUGUUGCAGAUGAUGCUGAUAAAAAUAGGACCAUUACAUAUUCGUUGGAAGGUCCAAGAGCUGCCACAGAUCUGGUACAUCUGGAUUCUGAGACAGGUGAGAUAGUAGUGGCCAACAAGAUAGACCAUGAACAGUUUCCCUUUCUCAACUUUACUGUACGGGCCACUGAUUCAGGGGUGCCACUGCGCUCCAGUUUAGCCGAUGUCUUUAUUCAAGUGCUGGAUGAGAAUGACAACAACCCUUACUUCAUAGGUGAUGUGAACAACAUUACUGUUAGAGAAGAUGCUCCUGUUGGAACUGAAAUCGCAACCAUUGAAGCAAAGGAUGCUGACUCAGGUGAUUUUGGAAGAGUCACCUACUUAUUGGAUCGCAUGUCUUCUCAGGGAAAAUUCCAAAUCAACUCCAAAACUGGGGUUUUGAAUGUGUCUGACAAACUAAAUCGCGAAGAACAGAGCACGUACAUGCUUAUUAUUGAAGCAUGGGAUAAUUACCAGUUUGGAUAUGCCAGUGGAGAAAGCAGGAAUGCUUUCAAACAAAUUGGCGUGAACAUAGUGGACGUGAAUGAUGAAGCCCCUGUGUUUGAACCAAUCUAUGGUUGUGUGACCAUCACUGAAUUCCACGAUUUACAUGACACAGUUACAACUGUGAAAGCUUCAGAUGCAGAUGACCCUAACACACCAAAUGGCAGAAUGUUAUUCUCAAUAGUUGGUGGUAAUGAUUUGGAAUUAUUCACAGUAGAGAGUAUAGAUUUCUCUGCUGCACGGAUCAUGACAGCACAGCCAUUGAAAGGGUUAUAUGGCAACUAUACACUCUUAAUACAGGCACAGGAUCUAGGUAUUCCAUCAAACUCUGUCACCACACCGGUCUCCAUCUGUGUUACUGAUUUCAAUGAUAACACACCCCGCUUCAUCAGUCCUCAGCACAACACAACCAUCAGAAUGCCAGAGAAUGCAACAUUAGGGAGCACAGUGAUCCAGGUGCAGGCCAUAGAUGAUGACAUUGGACCCAAUGGAGCUGUCCGCUACAGAUUGAAGCAGGACCUGGUGGGCAACUGGCAGACAUUUUCCAUUGAUGAAGUGACAGGUGUUAUUCAACUCAAGAAACAACUUGAUAGGAAGAAGCAGAAGAUUUAUGAGAUAAGAGUGGAAGCAUAUGAUCUUGGCGUGCCAACUCCUUUAUCAUCUGAUUUGGAUUUAACAGUAUAUGUCAGAAAUGUGAAUGACUAUCAGCCACAGUUCUUGAAGGAUGAGAUCAAUAUUAAUUUUACUGAACAUUCUGAGCCUGGACUGGAGCGCCGGAAACUGAUAGACACAGUAAACAGAGAUGAAGUUGAUGAUCUGGAUGACCCACCAACACCUGUAUGUUAUUUCAUUGUUGGGGGUAAUGAGAAUGAAUACUUUGGCCUUGAACCACUUCGACAUGAGAUUAUGGCUCUUAAAGAGUUGGACCGUGAAAUUCAUAACAAUCAUACAUUGUUAAUUAAAGCCAGUGAAGACUGUAUUCACUCACCGGGAAAUCAGAGCACCUUUGAUCCAAGCGAUGAUACACUUCUUAAGGUGAUAGUCACAGUGAAUGACGUAAAUGACAAUGCUCCACAUUUUGUGAAGCGUGUGUUUACUGGUGGAGUCACAACUGAAGCAGACUUUGGCAUGGAGUUCAUGCAUGUGAAGGCAGUAGACCUGGAUAUCGGAGAGAAUGCAGUAAUUAACUACUAUCAGAUUGGAAGGAUUCAGAAAACUCUCACUGAAGGAUUGGAAAAUGUCCAGAAACCACCAUUUCUUGUUAAUCGGGAAACAGGUGCAAUACUCCUUAACUUUGACCCACAAAAAGGAAUGAAAGGAUAUUUUGACUUCAUGGUUUUGGCAAAUGAUACAGAUGGUCUCCAGGAUAUGGCAAGGGUUUUCAUAUAUCUUUUGCGUGAGGAUCAGCGUGUUAGAUUUGUACUUCGACAACAUCCACCAGAGGUGCGGGAAAGGAUAGACACUUUCCGAGAAGUGCUGGGUAAUGUGACAGGAGCCAUCAUCAAUGUUGAUGAAUUUAAAGUGCAUGAGAAUCAAGAUGGCUCAGUAGACAAGACCCGAACAGAUCUUUAUUUGCAUUUUGUUGAUCGUCGUGAUCACUCUAUAAUGGAAGUUACCAGAGUACUUCACCUAAUUGAUCAAAAUAUUGAACGGCUGGAUAAGCUUUUCAAGGAAUUCAAUGUGCUGGAUACUCAGCCAGCAGAAACACUGCCACUCACGGGGGACAUGGAGAGCCUAGUCAUGAUGUGGUUGGUGGGGACAACUGUGUUUCUGGGCCUACUUCUUAUCUUUGUUGUAUCAAUAUGUCUGUCUCAGAGGGCUCGUUACCAGCGUCAGUUGAAGGCUGCCACAGCAACUGCAUUUGGAUCAAAUGAAUCUGACCUGAAUCGAGUAACUGGUCGAGUGCCCAACACAAAUAUGCAUAGUGUAGAAGGCUCCAACCCCAUAUGGAUGCAGGCAUAUGAAAAUGAAUGGUACAAAGAAGAUGACUCAGUCAGUCAAACUUCAGAGCGGGAUUCUCUAGAUGAAAAUGCUGUUGCUACUGAAAAUGCAAGACAAACUCCGCAGGGUGCCAAACCAUUUUUCGGACAGACAUGCACAUAUACAGAUUCUUGCAACAGCCAGUCCAACAUGAUACAUAAUAAUGCAGCUGUGAAUGAGCAGAAUGACCUGAACCGCAUGGGUACAACGUAUCAUCAAAAUCUGUAUCAGCAUCUGGACAAGCUGAGCAACCCUCUCCUCAGCAAGAAGCUUGAGACAACUGAGCUUUAAUCUGACAUUAGUCAACACCCCCAGCAAUGAAGUGUUCAUAGUAACUUGUAUUUCUGGUAUUGUUCUGUAGUGAUAUUUCCAAUCAUCACCCAGUAUGAAUUAAUACAAGGUAUGGGUACUCCUCACUUCAUGCAAUUUAGAAAAAUCUGAUAUUUUAAUGCUCUCAGCUCAUCUAGACUGAUUUCAAUUACUAACACUUGCCUUCAUACAAAUUGCUUCCAGGUCACUUGAGUAUUGUGUGGGUGGCAAAGGAGGACAAAUCUGGGCUAGCUAAUGUUUAAUUUGUAUGAUUUCAGUCUGUGAGGAGUACCUGCACAAAAUUUUUAAUUCAGAUAUUCCAUAGAGUGAAAACUUGCCACAAAGAAUCUUUCAUCCUUAGUUUAUUUUGAUUGUUAUUAUUGUACAUUACAAUGACUCUUGAAACGUUAACAGUGAUACUGUAUUUUGUAUAUAGUCAAACUGGAAAAUGUGUGUAUGUGUAUGUGUUUGCUGCCUAAAUUAUUACAUCGAACUUUUUAAUAAACUUUUUUUACUGUGAAUUGUGUUUUUUCAGCACCUUUAAAUUUCCCAAAUUGUAGAAGUUUGUAAUGAAGAAAGUUCAUCAGCCUCCAUUCAAUCACAGUAUGGCCAAAUAUAAAUCGGUCCAAAAGAUGGAAUAUUUUGUGAGUGCAUGUGCAUAGAACAUGCCUUUUUAUGUAAAUGAAGGUGAAAUGCUAAGCUUCCAUGUGUCUACUGUAGGUAAAGCUGUUUGCACGAGUGCCAUGAGUGUACGUGAAAUUAUCAUGAUACCUAUUUUGUGUCUGUAAAAAAAAUAAGUCACAAAGGGAGAGCAUAUAGCUACAUGCUACACAUCAUUUCCAAGGGAAUAAAAUUCCUUAGGAAAGGCCUAUAGGAAAACAUCAUUUGUGUGUUGCAUAUUGUCUCACAAGGAUGUUUAGAAAUGUUAACCAAACUGAAGUAAGAAUGACUUAGGCAUAAGAGUGAUUUGUUGAUGUAAUACUGAGCCAUAUUGAACAAAAAACGUGUUCUGGUUUAAAUUAUAAAUUUAUGUUCUGCAGUGGGACAUUAGUAAAGGGCAAUGUUAGACCUCAUAAUGUACUGUAUGAACUGUGGACGGUUAGGCUGAUACCAAGAUUACCUGUGACACUAGAACCAGAUGUUCAACACAGUCAACACUGAAGCCAGUCUCUUGGACACAGCUUUGAAAAGUUUUAUUCACUUGACAACCUUGUUUGUACUUUAUUCAUUUACUAACUUAUCUUUCUAUGUCAUGUCAGUCUCAGUUAUAUGUCAAGCACGUUUUUUUUUUAUUUUAACAUAACAGAGAACUGUAUAAAUUACCAAGUUAAAUAUUGUUACACAUAUGAGU